GCGCCGCCGCCGAGAGCCCGCGGGCCAUGCGCAGGCCCGAGCGCCGGGGGGCCGGGGGGCCGCGCGCCGCCUCCCCCGCGCCCGCGCGCCGCAGCACCGAGUCGGAGGUCUACGACGACGGCACUAACACCUUCUUCUGGCGCGCCCACACGCUCACCGUGCUCUUCAUCCUCACCUGCGUGCUGGGCUACGUGACUCUGCUGGAGGAGACGCCACGGGACACGGCCUACAACACCAAGAGAGGCAUUGUGGCCAGUAUUUUGGUUUUCUUAUGUUUUGGAGUCACACAAGCUAAAGACGGCCCAUUUUCCAGACCUCACCCAGCCUACUGGAGGUUCUGGCUCUGCGUCAGUGUGGUCUAUGAGCUCUUCCUCAUUUUCAUCCUCUUCCAGACUGUCCACGAUGGCCGUCAGUUUCUGAAGUAUGUGGACCCAAGGCUGGGGGUUCCCCUGCCGGAGAGGGACUACGGGGGAAACUGCCUCAUCUAUGAUGCAGACAACAAGACUGACCCCUUCCAUAACGUCUGGGACAAGCUGGAUGGCUUUGUGCCUGCGCACUUCAUUGGCUGGUACCUGAAGACCCUGAUGAUCCGCGACUGGUGGAUGUGCACCAUUGUGAGCGUCAUGUUCGAGUUCCUGGAGUACAGCCUUGAGCACCAGCUGCCCAACUUCAGCGAGUGCUGGUGGGACCAUUGGAUCAUGGAUGUGCUGGUCUGCAACGGGCUGGGCAUCUACUGUGGCAUGAAGACCCUUGAAUGGCUGUCCAUGAAGACGUACAAGUGGCAAGGCCUCUGGAACAUUCCGACCUACAAGGGCAAGAUGAAGCGGAUUGCCUUCCAGUUCACGCCCUACAGCUGGGUACGCUUCGAGUGGAGGCCGGCCUCCAGCUUGCGCCGCUGGCUGGCCGUGUGCGGCAUCAUCCUGGUGUUUCUGUUGGCAGAGCUCAACACUUUCUAUCUGAAGUUUGUGCUGUGGAUGCCCCCUGAGCACUUCUUGGUCCUCCUGAGACUGGUCUUCUUUGUGAACGUGGGCGGCGUGGCCAUGCGCGAGAUCUAUGAUUUCAUGGACGACCCAAAACUGCACAAGAAGCUGGGGCAGCAGGCCUGGCUGGUGGCGGCCAUCACGGUCACCGAGCUGCUCAUCGUGGUCAAGUACGACCCUCACACGCUCACACUUUCACUGCCCUUCUACAUCUCCCAGUGCUGGACACUCGGCUCUGUGCUGGUGCUCACCUGGACCGUGUGGCGUUUCUUCCUGCGGGACAUCACCCUGCGCUACAAGGAGACCCGAAGGCAGAAGCAGCAGAGCAGGGCAGACCAGGAUGGCACCAUGGGCAAUGGACACCAGCAAGGCCCGGAAGAGCCUGGGGUUGACGAACAGGAAGGGGUGCCAGUUCCUAACUGACCUGCGUCCAGGGACCUGCCAGGCCCAUUCUCUGCCCCUGCACCCUGUGAUUCCUGCCAGGAUCCUCAUAGGCCUCUGCCCUGAGGCUUCACUGCCCUCCAGUGCACACUGCUGUGCUCCAAGGGGACCAUAGUGGCUGAGCACGGCUUCGAGCCUGGCUGGUGUAUGUGUGUGUAGCAGUUAACAUAUGUACUCGUGGCCAGACAUUUGUGUGAGCAGCAGCUCCAGAAGCUGCCCGGGCCAGAUGCCCCCUGGCCUGUCUUCCUGGACUCCAGGAGCCCUGCCACCAGAUAGCCCGGCCCCACUUAGGAAGGACAAUGGGUCAGAGCCGAGAUGGUGUGGAUUCUGUCCUGUGUCCUCUGUCCCUACCCACUGGGGGAGGGCUGGGGUCUCUGUGGGUGAGUUGAAAAUCAUCUCUAUGAGCAAAUAGAACAAAUAAAUCAGCAGAAGUUCUGCAGCUUCCUGGCAUGUUCCUGGCCUUGGGCCACAGCAGAGGGCAGGGCCUGUCUGACUGACACACCUGGGGCUGGUGGGUGACAGCCCUGAGCCAGGCGAGUCUUAGCCUCCUAUUUUCUGUACACAGGCUUGGUCGUGAAGGUCCUGCUCAAUGGUGGGGCUUAUUGCUGACACUGGAUCUGUGGGCUCAUACUGCUCUGGUGGUCCUUGGCUAAGGACCACCAGGAGUGUCCUGGAAUCUUAGUCCCAGCCCCACUCCUCAGGCCUGGCUGCAGCCCUGGCUGUGUUCCUGGGAGGGACCUCUUGGGUUCUCUUCCUUCCUAUUCAGCCUAUGGGAGUGGCUGUGAGACCCUAUUCCGUCCCUCUUCCAAGGGAUCUGGGGAGGCUCUGGACAGCUGAUAGAAGCAAACCUGUUAUCAGGUGCCAGGCCUGAUGAGAGCUGCCAGGUCUUAAGGGCCACAAAGGGCCAUUGCCACGGUCUCUGUGCUGACUGGCCAUAGGGGAAAUAAGCCCAGUGGCUGUCCUGCCAUCUACAUUGCACUGCCUGGCUAAGGCCGCAGCAGACCAGCUACUGUGAGGCAGGGUUUGGGGUACUGCCCAGCUAAGGCCACAGCAGACUGGCUAUUGUGGAGCAAGGCCUUGGAGCACAAUCCUGUCCUUUGUGUGUGUGGGAGAGGAGACAGUCUUCACCCCAUGAUGGGUAUUGUGCCUAGGGAGCAGAGGCUUUUGGGGCCCAGCUGACCUGACAGCUCUAUGCAGAACCUGCCAUGGAGGGACGAGCAGCAUUUUGCCGCAACAGGGCUUUAAUGAUGAUAAAGUCUGACAUUCUCUUGCA